UGCAUAACUUUGUUAUUGGUUUUGUAAAAUAAAACAAAUAUAAAUAUAAACAAACACAAAAUGAUUUACACUACUUGUUCCAAAACCCGAGUAGGCGUCCCUUUUGUUCCACCCUGGGUCAGAUGUAGCCAAUGGUGUCUCUGCAACCCGAAACUUCCCAUUUUCAAUUGGUUAAACACAAUGUGAAAGAAGCACCUCUGUCAUAAAACUUCUCAUAACUGAAUCCGACUGCUGAAGUGUUGAGAAACAAAGCGAGCGAGUUACUCCCAAAAUACAAGGUUAGGGAAAGCAAAAGCUCUGUGAAAAAUGAUAGUAGACAGGAUUACCGAACACAGUGGGGACCUCCUGGACCUCGAAUGUGGGUUGAUGACAAGUCCCAUCAAUCUGGGUUAUUUCUAUGGGGACUCCCCGGCGUCGAGCAACCAGUCCGGCUCCCCUGAGUCUCACUAUUCCCCCUGUUCUCCAAAUUCUGACUCGGAAUCUUCCAGCAGCUGGAGCUCCGCCGGGUGCUACGCCAGUCCAGACGGAUCCACCGAAAACGGUCAGUCCCCAAGGGGGGGUGUGAAACAACAGAACAAAGGGUUCCAGGGAGUUCGUGUGAAAAACCCAGUGAAGGAGCUCCUGAUGAACAAACGAAGCAACCAGAUAUCGCAGAGCCCACAGCAGGAACACAACCAGGUGCAGUGGAGUACAGAAGGACCCGAGGAGUUUAAAGAGCUGAAAACGAUCCUGUGUGAAGGAAAGAGACAUGCAUCAGAGAAUGUAUUCGAUGCUUUCAGUUACAAAAGAGCUGCUCCGUUUCAUCUUCUGACACCCCCCCAAACACCCACAUCCAUUGAGACCAUGGACAAUGGCCAAAAGAACGAACCCAGAAGCUCAGAAGCAAACCCUAACAUCCUGAACGUCAUCCAAAUGGUCAAUGACAAUGCCGCUCAGGUUUCCCUGACAACAGUGCAGUUUAAUGGGGGUAAUCCAUCACAGGAUCACCAGAGAGAGCAAUAUUAUGAGUCUUAUGGGGGGCAAGUUUCCAUGGAGCCACAGGUUAGCAGCCCACCCCAAGCCAGUGAUCCAGACCAGAUGUUCCCCUUCUACUCUCCAGCCCAAAUGCAAGAGUUCCCCUAUACUUCACCAUGCCUGGCCAGUGAUCAGUCACCUGGUUAUCCAGCAACCCAGCCAGAUAUCCUGCAGUUCAACAUUCCAAGCCAGGUUGGGAACCAAGAAGAGCAGAAGAACCCCCUCAACAUGCCAAGCAUCUUCUCUUCCCCAGCCCCUCGGCUGGACCCUCAGAUCUUCUCUGCUCCACAGCUUCCUUCAAAGUGUCCCCAGAUUCCCCAGGAGCCCGUAGGCAUGUCGUUCUUCCAGUGGCAGAUUGAGCAGGAGGACAGGAAGUUGGCCAACAUCUCCCAGGAACAUCUUCUCUCCAAAGACGCUGACGGUGACAUGUUCCUCCACAUUGCCGUGGCCCAAGGAAGACGAGCAUUGUCCUACGUGCUUGCCAGGAAGAUGGCUUCGUUUGGCAUGUUGGAUGUCAAGGAGCACAAUGGCCAGAGUGCCCUGCAGGUUGCCGUGGCAGCAAACCAGCAUCUGAUUGUGCAGGACCUUCUGAGCCUGGGUGCACAAAUAAACACAGCCGACUGCUGGGGCAGGACACCACUGCAUGUGUGUGCAGAGAAGGGUCACGCACAGGCUAUCCAGGCAAUUCAGAAGGGAGUCCUUCAAAAUGGCCAGCAACUGGAUCUGGAGGCCAUAAAUUAUGAUGGUAUGACAGCGCUGCACCUUGCGGUGGUCUCCCACAAUGCUGGGGUGCAGGAGCUCCAGAAAACCCUGCAGCCCCGUUCUCCCCACAUCCAGGGUCUGCUGAUCAAGAACAAGAGGCUGGUGGACUGUAUCAAAACUCUCCUUCAGAUGGGAGCAACCGUCCAUUCUAGGGACAGGAAGAGUGGCCGCACAGCAGUGCAUAUUGCUGCAGAAGAGGCCAACUUGGAACUGCUUCAGCUGUUCCUGGACCAGCCUGACAGCUUCACGAUCGUUAAUACAAAGUUGUAUAAUGGAAACACGGCUCUCCACAUUGCUGCCAGCCUGCAGAACCGUGUGGCUCAGCUGAAUGCGGUGCGUCUGCUCAUGAGGAAAGGGGCUGACCCCAGCACCCGGAACCUGGAGAACGAGCAGCCCCAAAACCUGGUGCCGGAUGGGCCUGUGGGGGAGCAGGUCCGGCGCAUUCUGAAGGGGAAAGCAGUGAAGAUACACAGCUCUCCUUUCUGAGCCACCAGCAUUUCAUUGACAACCACUGUCAGUUAGGCAGUCCAGUUUAUUCGUCCGUAAGCAUUUGCCACAGGCAGAUGUGUGUUGUUUCUAUGAAACAAAGGAGCUUUUGUUCACUACUGUGUAGUGUUUUGUGUAUUAAAAGAGGUACAUUUAAGCAAGGACCCGGUUUGAUCAGUGUGCAACAGCAGUGUUUGUCAAGGUGAUCUAAUCUAAGAGAUAGCCUUGUCUGAUAAGUUGUUCCAAACGACUGUCUUGCAAAUGCAAAUCCAUGCCACAUUUCCCAUGUAAAAUGUCAUGGUAAAAACACAGCAGAGAAUUGUAAAGCAUAGUGAACGAAAGAAAGAUUAAGCAGGAAUGGUAAAACACAGGGAGGCAAAGUAUUGUGUGGCAAAUUAAAUGUAUAGUAAAAGUAUUUGAAAAGCAUGCACAUUUGCAAUGGGAAACUUUUGUUAAGGAUUACAAUUUGCUUCCAUCCCUUACAUUUAUUAUUUGAUUGACGCAACUAUAACACGCUGAUAAACCGGACUUGCUUUUGCUAAGAAGUUUAACAUCAACAGUUAGUUGUGAUAAUGCUGUACAUAUUUAAUACCUAGUCAUUGAAAUCCAGUAAAAGAAGAAUGUUUAAUGUAAAUGUUUAAUGAAAUAAAUUGCUGGAUAUUAAAUUGACUUGUGUAUGAUUGCAAUGUUUUUAUUAAUAUUAUUUCUUUCUUUAAGGUUCUCUAAUUGUUUAUGCGGAAUGUGGGGGUUGUUUAGAUGUAAAACGUAUCCUGGUUUAUUAUAAAUGUAGUCAGGUUAGUUUUCAGAGUUUAAUUUCAACUGUAGUUUGUUUGCUCAGAGCUCACAUCAGUUGACUAAGUAUGUCUUGUAGACAAUGUUUCUUCAUCCAGGCUUUAUUGUGACAGACAAUCAAUAAAAGCCUGUGUGUGUUUCUCAUUUUUGUGUUGUUGUUAAUUAUGCAUAAUUCCAAUAAAGACAUUUCUAAACGAA